CAGGUGGGCGGGGCGGCCGCCGCGCACGGAGUGGACGCGCCCUUUUUCCAUCCCACCGCUCAGGUGCGCGUUGCUUAUCCUUAAUGGUCUCUGGUUGCUUGUUAGCCUCUUUUGUCCUGCCUUGACCUGCCCUGGUCGUUGGAGUAGAGGGAAGAACGCAGAACCCGAGGAAACCUCGCGAUGUGUUUAGGACUCAGUGACCAUUGAAGAUGUGGUCAUGAACUUCACCCUGGAGGAAUGGGCUUUACUGCAUCUUUCACAGAGGAAACUACAGAGAUGUGCUGCAGGAAACCUUCAGGAACCUGGCCUCAAUAGGGUUGCAUAUCUUAUAUGUGGGGAAACCUUCACUUCCACUUAUGUUCAAGUGCACGAAAGAAACUCACACUGGAAAGCCCUAUGGAUGUUAGGAAUAUGGGAAAGCCUACAUUUGUCUCUCAAGCAUUCAAAGACACAUGAGACCACACACUGGAGGGAAACCAUAAAAAUGUGAAGAAUGCGGGGAAAGGCUUCUCUUAUCAUAGUAAUUUAAGAAGGCAUGAAAAUAUACACUAAAUAAAACCUCCUGUUUGUAGAGAGCUUGGGAAAGACUUCAAUUGGCCCACAUCCUUAGAUGUGAAAACUCACAUCAAAGACAUAGAAAUGACUCAGUGACCAUUGAUGAUGUGGCUGUGAACUUCACCCUGGAGGAGUGGGCUUUAUUGCAUCCUUCACAGAGGAAACUCUACAGAGAUGUGAUGCAGGAAACCUUCAGGAACCUGUCUUUAAUAGGAACCAAAUGGAAAGAUCAUGACAUUGAAGAUCAGUACAAAAACCCAGGGAGAAAAUUAAGAAGUGCCAUGGUAAAGAGACUUCCUGAAAGUAAAGACAGUAGUUCAUGUGGAAAGAACUUCAACCUUAUUCCAACUCUCAAUUUAAACCAAAAAACUCCUGGAUUGAAAUCAUGUAAAUGCAGUACAUGUGAAAAAGUCUUUAUGGAUCAUUCAUCCCUUCAUAAACAUAUGAGAUGUCACACUGAACACAAACCACAAGAGUAUCAAAAAUGCAAUGAGAAGGUAUCUAAAUGUAAAGAAUGUGGGAAAGCAUUCAUUUAUCUCAGUUCUCUUAGAACACAUGAAAGCAGUCACACUGGAGAGAAACCCUAUGAAUGUAAACAGUGUGGAAAAGCAUUUCUAUAUCAAAAAACCUUCCAGGCACACAGAAGAACUCACAUAAGAGAAAAAUCCUAUGAAUGCAGGCAAUGUGGUAAAAAAUUCAGAUCUCAAAACCGUUUCCAAAUACAUGAAAGUAGUCACACUGGAAAAAAACACUAUGAAUGUAAGGAGUGUGGGAAAGCCUUCACAUGGCAAACAAGCUUUCAAAAACACAUGGUAACACAUACUGGAGAUGGACUUCAUAAAUGUAAGCAAUGUGAGAAAGCAUUCGUUUAUCCCAGUUCUCUUAGAAUACAUGAAAGGAGUCACAAUGGAGAGAAACCCUAUCAGUGUAAACAAUGUGGAAAAGCCUUUAAAUGUGCUAAAACUAUUCGAAUUCAUGAAAGAAUUCACAGAGGAGAGAAACCCUAUGGAUGUAAGCAGUGUGGAAAAGCCUUCACUUAUUUUAGUUCUUUACAAAUACACAAAAGACAGCACAUGGGAAGAAAAACAUAUGCCUGUAAAACAUGUUCUAAAGAAUUGAGUACUCCCAGUUCUCUUCGAAAUCAUGAAAGAAUCCACACUGGAGAAAAACCCUAUGAGUGUAAGGAAUGUGGGAAAGCCUAUGCCUGGUAUAAUAACUUACAAUAUCACAUGAUAACACACACUAAAGAUGGACCUUAUAAAUGCAAAGAAUGUGAGAAAGUAUUCAUUAAUCCCAGUUCUCUUAAAAUACAUGAAAGGAGUCACUCUGAAGAGAAUCCGUAUCAGUGUAAAAAAUGUGGUAAAAAUUUAAGUUCUCAAAAAAGUUUCCGAAUGCAUGAAAGAACCCAUACUGGAGAAAAGCCCUAUAAAUGUAAGAUAUGUGGGAAAACCUUCACUUCUACUUAUGUUCAUGUGCACGAAAGAAUUCACACUGGACAGAAACCUUAUCGAUGUCAUGAAUGUGGGAAAGGCUUCAUUUGUAGCUCAAUCAUUCGAAGACACAUGAGAAUGCACACUAGACAGAAACAAUAUAAAAUGUAGAGAAUGUGAGAAACCCUAUUCUGAUCUUAUUUGUUUACAAAAGGAUGACAAGAUUCACUAGAUAAAACUUCUUGUCAGUAUACAGCCUGGGAAACACUUCAGUGGGCUCACAUCUUUACAUAUGAAAACUCCCACAAAUGAAGAAAUAUAAAUGUAACAUAACUAGUUGGAAAGCAAUCCAUGCCUAAUAUUCCAGAAAACCUUCAAUAUGAAAGAGCUGUUUUAAAAGUUUAUAAAUAUGUUGUGUCUACUAAGGAUAUUUCUUGAAGUGUAUCCUUGGAUGGUGGAUUUCUACUAAUUUCAGAAAUGAACAUUAAUGUGAGAUAGUCCUGUAAGUUGUCUUUCAACAGUAGUACAUAAAGUUCAGUAAUUUUUUGUUUAAUCAAGCGAUGAUGUAAUUAGGCUUGAAUUUUUAUAAUGUGCUCUUCAUUCUCCAUUAAAGGUUCAUUGAAAAUAGCAGUUUGGUAUUUGUUGGGGUUUUCUUACUGGUCUUGGGUAGCAGUUCCUAGAUAUCUGUAAUCUACUACAUAUAUUGUACCUUUUUUUACUGAGAAAGAGCCUUUUGGGGGGCAUGGUAUUUACAGAAGCCUUUUUCUGUGACUUUCUUGUUCAACACUUGGAAUAAAGUUUUAUAUAUGGCAA